UGGUUUGGCUGCCAGGGUUCUCAAGUUCAGUUCACAACCACAACUCAAUGUGCGUAUCCAAGGAGUCCAGCAUUGGGUCUUGGUUUGACCGCGGCUGUUUCGCUGAUGCUGGCUCAAGUAAUCAUUAACAUCGCUACUGGUUGCAUAUGUUGUCGAGGAAGCCCUCACUCAUCUCAUUCCAACUGGACUCUAGCUUUAGUCUGCUUUUUCGUUUCAUGGUUCACCUUUGUGGUGGCAUUUCUCCUGCUGCUAACUGGAGCUGCACUGAAUGAUCAACACGGUGAACAGAGCAUGUACUUUGGCAACUACUACUGCUACGUUGUGAAGCCUGGAGUGUUUGCUGGAGGUGCAUUGCUGGCCCUUGCCAGCGUGACCCUCGGAAUCUUGUAUUACCUCGCUCUAAAUUCUGCAAAGAGUGGUGGCAGUGGCAGCUUCUUAUGGGGUGGCCAUCAUCCUCCCACAACAACUGGUCCUAUGAAUAACAGUGGGAUAGCUAUGGGACAACCCCAAUUUCCGGCGCAAAGCAGCAGCACCACCACCCAAGAUCCAGUUUUCGUGCAUGAAGACACCUACAUGAGAAGGCAAUUCACAUGAUUUUGGGAAGCUCUGUGAGGGAGAGCUGGUUUCUUGUUGUAUUCGAGGAUGAAAUGUGUAGAGGAGCUGUAUAGUUUGGCAAUCUUGUGUCUAUCAGGACUUGUUUGUGAGGACGAAGAAAUGCUUGGUUGGUUCGAGUAUUUUUUUACUUAAAAAAUGAGUUUGAGUU